AUGAGCGUGACCAGCAUUGUUGAGGAAGUUCAGGAGGAGCUUAGGGAGCCCCAAAACUCUCGCGAUGCUCGCGUCGAAGAGCUCUGGGCAAGCCUCGAGCCUGAUCAUACUGGCGAGCUUGACCUUAAGGGUUUGAGGAAGGGGCUUCGGAGGAUUGAUCACCCCAUGAAGAAUGCCGAUGACAUGCUGAAGCGUAUUAUGGAAGAGGUAGAUCAGGAUGGCGAUGGAAAGAUUCAAUACAACGAGUUCCGAAAAUUCGUUGAAAAUGCAGAGCGACAGCUUUUUGGCCUAUUUAAAUCAAUUGACAAGGACGGGAAUGGAAAGCUGGACAAGAACGAGCUUCAGACAGCUUUCAAGCACGCCGGACUCACACUAUCGAACCGCCGCCUUUCCGAGUUCUUUGACGAUAUGGAUAUCAACAACGAUGGUUAUGUCACUUUCGACGAAUGGCGAAACUUCCUCCUAUUUAUGCCACCUCACGAUCACGACUCUCAGCUUCAUGCCGUCCUUGACUUUUACUAUUCCGUGGUCAGCGUGACCCCAGAAGGAGACACACUUGUGAGCGAGGAAACAUUAGAGGGCUUAGGUACGGACGGCUUCCGCUCUCUUUUCAUCACCCUUUUCGGCUCUCUUCUUAGAGUCGCUUUCCCCUUCGAUCCUCCAAGACCUAUACCCGACCGGACAUCGACUUCCGCCAGCCAACCCGACCUCCCAAAACCGUAUGAAUCUGCGACCCAGACCGAGAACAUGGCUACCGCCGCCGCGGUAUCAUAUCCAGACUACGAUGAUUCAGCUACCGAGAUAUCGCAGGAGGUCGCAGAAACGCUAACACUACCCGUCGACGAUGGCACCCAUGAACCUAUUACUGGAGCUUCAACAACAGUGCACAAGAAGUUUAGACUAACACAAUUUAUACCUGAUCCAGGCUACUUUUUGGCUGGUGCCAUCGCCGGUGGAGUGUCGCGUACAGCUACUGCGCCUCUCGAUCGAUUGAAGGUUUAUCUGCUCGUAAACACAACGAUUCGUGCCGAGACAGCGGGUGCGGCGCUCAAGCAAGGUCGCCCUAUCGCUGCCCUGAAGAAUGCAACAAAGCCAUUUGGUGAUGCUGUUCGAGAUCUCGUUCGGUCAGGGGGAGUUCGAGGUCUCUUUGCUGGAAAUGGUCUCAACGUCAUCAAGAUUAUGCCGGAGACGGCUAUAAAAUUUGGUUCAUACGAAGCUGCAAAACGGGCCCUUGCCAAUUUCGAAGGUCAUGGGGAUCCCAAAAAGCUCAGUUCAUGGUCAAAGUUCGCCUCUGGUGGCUUUGCUGGCAUGAUUGCACAGGCUUCAGUAUAUCCUCUUGAUACUCUGAAAUUCCGCCUGCAGUGCGAAACCGUUAAGGACGGCCUGCAAGGAAUGGCUUUGGUUCGCCAAACAGCCGUCAAAAUGUUCGCAGAUGGCGGUGUACGGUCGUGCUAUCGAGGAUUAACAAUGGGACUUGUGGGCAUGUUUCCCUACAGUGCUAUCGAUAUGGGCACCUUCGAACUACUAAAAAAGUCCUACAAGUCCUACUAUGCUAAGCAGGAGAACCUCCACGAAGACGAUGUCAAGCUGGGAAACAUCGCUACUGGAAUCAUCGGAGCUUCCUCUGGAGCCUUUGGAGCUAGUGUUGUUUACCCCUUGAACGUGGUUCGGACACGACUCCAGACCCAAGGCACGGCCAUGCAUCCGGCAACAUACACUGGCAUCUGGGACGUGACGAAGAAGACGAUACAGCGAGAAGGCUACCGUGGCUUAUACAAGGGCCUUGCGCCCAACCUCUUGAAGGUCGCGCCCGCCCUAAGUAUCACUUGGGUGGUGUACGAGAACUCAAAGAGAAUUCUCGGAUUGAACUAG